CCCCCCCCGAAUAAAUAAAGUUUUUUAAAAAUAAAAUAAAAAAAUGCUUUUUUGUCUCAUUCUCCUUCUUUCCCUCUCCCCUCCGUACAUGACCCUCUCACUGAACCUCGAUGGCUCCGUUCUCCGGCAAGCCAUGCUGGGCCUAUCCGACCCGACCCAGUCCCUUUCUUCAUGGUCCACCGCCGAUGAAACUCCGUGCCGGUGGUCCGGUGUCACCUGCAAUGGAUCCUCCGUCGCCUCCGUCGACCUCUCCGGCUUCACCCUCGCCGGCCCUUUCCCCUCCGUCCUCUGUCGCCUUCCUUCUCUCUCCUUUCUCUCUCUCUAUGAUAACAACAUCAACGGCUCUCUCUCCGCCGGCGACUUUGCAGCUUGUCGGAAUCUGACACACCUCGAUUUGUCGCAGAAUCUCCUCGUCGGACCCAUCCCGGCCUCCCUCUCCUCCGAGCUGCCGAACCUCCGUUAUCUCGACCUCAACGGGAAUAACUUCUCCGGUGAUAUUCCUUCGAGCUUCGGGGAGUUUCAGCGGCUCGAGUCGUUGAACCUCGUCGGAAAUUUUCUAACCGGAACCAUUCCCUCCUCGCUCGGUAACGUGUCCACGCUGAGAGAGCUCAGACUCGCUUACAACUUGUUUUCUCCGGGCGUGAUCCCGCGUCAACUCGGGAACCUCACCAAGCUCGAGGACCUCUGGCUCAGCGGCUGCGCUCUCGUCGGUCCGAUCCCUCCGGCUCUGUCCGGGCUGACUCGAUUGGUUAACUUGGAUUUGUCCACGAACCAACUCACCGGGUCAAUCCCGAGUUGGAUCAAUCAGCUGAAGAGUGUUAAGCAGAUCGAACUCUUCAACAACUCGUUCUCCGGAGAGUUGCCGGAGGGGAUGGAUAACUUGACGACUCUGAGGAGAUUCGACGCGUCGACAAACCUGCUGAGCGGAACGAUUCCCGACGGCUUGACUCGGUUGGAGCUCGAGUCGCUCAAUCUGUACGAGAACAGAUUAGAAGGGCCUUUGCCGGAGAGCAUAACUCGCUCAGAAAGGUUGGUCGAACUCAAGCUGUUCAACAACAGACUCAGCGGAGAACUACCGAGGCAGCUCGGCGUGAACUCGCCGUUGAAGUACGUAGACCUUUCAUAUAAUCAGUUCUCCGGCGAGAUACCGACGACCUUGUGCGUUAAGGGGAUGCUAGAGGAUCUUAUUCUUAUAUAUAAUUCGUUUUCCGGGAAAAUCCCAGAAAAUCUGGGGAAAUGUCAGAACUUGACUCGGGUCCGACUGAGGAACAACAAGUUUUCGGGUGAUAUCCCCGAUGAAUUCUGGGGAUUGCCUCGCUUGUAUCUCCUCGAACUCGUCGAGAAUUCGUUCACCGGUAGAAUUCCCGAGACGAUCUCCGGUGCGAAGAACCUGUCUAUCCUGCGGAUCUCGAAGAACCAUUUUUCUGGUUCCAUACCCGGUGAAAUGGGAUCGCUGAACCGACUGAUCGAGAUUUCCGGAUCGGAGAAUGAGUUCUCUGGUGAAAUUCCGGGAAGUUUAGUGAACCUGAGGGAAUUGAGCAUGCUCGAUCUCAGCAAAAACCAACUUUCCGGCGAGAUUCCCCAAGGAAUCCGGGAUUGGAAGAAACUCAACGAGCUCAAUUUUGCCGAUAAUCAUCUCUCCGGUGAAAUCCCUAGUGAAAUCGGCAGCCUGCCUGUUCUCAACUACCUCGAUCUCUCUAUCAAUCGAUUUUCGGGGAAAAUCCCGCUGGAACUGCAGAAUCUAAAGCUCGACCUUUUGAAUCUAUCGAAUAAUCAGCUCUAUGGCGAGAUUCCUCCUCUCUACGCCAAGAAAAUAUACAUUAACAGCUUCCUGGGCAAUCCCGGGUUGUGCGUUGAUCUCGAUGGCCCUUGCCCGAAGAUCGCUCGAUCUAAGAACACCGGACACGUCUGGAUUCUCUUAUCCGUCUUCCUUCUCGCCGGACUUAUCCUAGUAACCGGAAUCGUUGUCUUCAUCGUGAAUUCCGGGAAACUCAAAACCGCGAAUAAGAAGCCGCGAUUCGCCGUGUCCAAGUGGAGAUCCUUCCACAAGCUUCAAUUCAGCGAGCUCGAGAUCGCCGAUUGCCUCAACGAACGGAACGUAAUCGGAGCCGGAGCCUCCGGGAAGGUGUACAAGGCGGAGCUCAGCAACGGCGAGGUCGUGGCUGUGAAGAAACUAAACGGGAGGGCCAGAGAAGACGAUUCGUUGAACAGAGACGCGUUUGCGGCAGAGGUCCAAACGCUAGGGACGAUCAGACACAAGAGCAUCGUGCGUUUGCUCUGUUGCUGCUGCUCCGGCGAUUGCAGAUUGUUGGUGUAUGAGUAUAUGCCAAACGGGAGUUUGGGAGACGCGCUUCAUGGCGGCAAAGGAGGCCUACGUUUGGAUUGGCGUUCGCGUUACAGAAUCGCGUUGGAUGCGGCCGAGGGUCUCUCCUAUUUGCACCACGAUUGCGUUCCCCCUAUUGUCCACCGUGACGUGAAAUCAAAUAAUAUACUGCUGGACGCAGACUUUGGGGCCAAGAUCGCCGAUUUUGGGGUCGCCAAGGUCGCUGCUAUGGACGGCGGCAAGGUGUUGGGCUCCAUGUCUGUCAUCGCUGGCUCCUGCGGUUACAUCGCACCAGAGUACGCAUACACGCUAAGGGUGAACGAGAAGAGCGAUAUAUACAGCUUCGGAGUGGUGUUAUUGGAGCUGGUGACGGGAAGGGGAGCGACCGAUCAGAAGCUGGGGGAGAAAGACUUGGUGAAAUGGGUAUGCACCACUCUUGACCAGAAAGAUCUCGAGGCAGUGAUCGAUCCCGAACUCGAUCUUCGGUUCAAGGAGGAGAUAAGCAGAUUCAUCCACAUCGCGCUUCUGUGCACGAGCCCUCUCCCACUCAACAGACCCUCCAUGAGAAAGGUCGUCAUUAUGCUUCAAGAACUUGUCGCCUCCAACUGCCUCCCUAAACGCGACGGUAAGCUCUCCCCUUACUACACCGACGACGUUUACGAUCAGGAGAGCUGCGUUUGAUUCUCUCUUCUAAACGCCAUUGGUUCUGCGUUUGAGAGUGUCAUGAAAGCUUGUACGGGCCGGGUCGGGUUAAGACAGAGGACAUGAUUGGCGAACUUUUAGAAGAAUUCAAAUCUUGGAAAAAAAAUGUAGCUUUCGGAUUAGGUAAUUGCUGUUAAAUGGGAUUUAAUAAGUUUGGGUCAUAUAUAUAUAUUAUUUAAAUGCAGCAUUUGCAGUGUUAGUCAGUCUAUUCAGUGGUUGGGCCAUACCCCAAGCCGCCCUUAAUUAAUUGGUAUUUAUUUGGGCCCCUUCUUAUUAAUUUCGAAAUCAAAUUGCAUU